AUGCAAUCGCCUCCCGAGUAUGUUCCUCUGUACAGAAGGGGCUCCUCAGAGGAACGUGUUCUGCACGAGCCCUUGUUGAAGGAGGAAGUAGAUCGCCCGACGCAAUCAGCACGAGUAGGGGCAGACCGGUUCCUCAUCUGGAGCGUCGCAGGAGUAGCAGUGACUACGGUCUUAUCGAUACUCCUCUUCGUCAAUGGGCUUUCGGCCAACAACAGUCAGCCUCAAGUCGGCGUACCUCCAUUGCGGCCGAACCCAUACGUAUACCUGGACAAGAUACUUCAGAAUUCGACCAAGACGUUCCCGCCUAUCAUCAACUUCCCUCAGGUUGUUCUGCAAAUCGACAACGCAGACAAGUCGCGCACUACGCGAGAGCACGAGCGUGGCCGAGCCACCGCGUUUGGCACGGUUUACCCAGAUGACCGUCGCGUUCUAAUCACCGAUUCCGUCUCGGCGGUGGUUCAGUUCCGCAACCUCGACUACGCGAUGGAGAACUGCGUCUUGAACAUCUCGCUACCUGUCGAGACCGCUAGAUUCCACCCCGACAUAAACCUGAUACCAACUACCGUGAUCGACGUCUGGACCUUGGAAGACUCGGCGGAAUUUGCGCAGGACAUCCGAGGAGGCGCUGCCGCUCGGGCUCCCGCCCGUCGUACACUCCUUGCGACUCUACCAUUUCCCAGCUCAGGUUCGCAACAGUCGGGGAUUUUCCGGUGUCCCUCUGGCGCUUUUACCACCCUCGAGCUCGCGUGUGCCCCUAGGGCGGCGAGAUGUUUCGUAGAUUUCUGGCAAGACAGACGGGCGAAGCCAGUCGGAGGCGUGCACAUCAUUCAGUAUUCCACUCCCGUGGAGUUUGGGAGUACCUGGUCCUGA